UGGGGAAUCUUCAAGAUAUGCUAGAAAUUUUGUUUGAUGUUUCAAGAAAUUAUUUCAAUAAAAUGAGAUAUCAUGUUCUCCAUGGUUCAUUUCAGGAACAACCAGAAAAUUCAGUGAUGAAUCUUUCGAUGUCAAAAUGAUGCCCAUCGUGACAUUGAUUUAAGACAAACGGGAUUCUAGUAACCAUGUAUGUGCAGAGCAUCGAAAAUGUUGAAAUGAAUUCUUGUGUGUGUACAUGGUUGCCAUGGUGACUAGCUUAUUACUUUGGUAUGAAAGGUGAUUUCUUGAUAUUUGCCAGAAGCAAUGGAUAGGAAAUCAGAAGAUGAGGAGCAAGAAGACAGUAGAUUACUUGUUGAUGAACUGAAGAAUAUGGACCAGAAAGAGAGGAAUGUAGACAUGGUGGACAAUGGUCCGUCCACUUCUCAAAACCAUGGUUUUGAUGGAAGAACAGGCCUUGAUCCUCAAAGCACUGCAAGAGGUGGAGAGGGAUUCAGUCACAGAAUGGCCCCUGUGAAUGACAGUGAUAGAAGAGAAGACACAAUUCCACCAGCAUUAUUAGAGAACAUGAAUCGAGAGCCUGAACAUGACAAGUUUCAAAAGGAGGGAUCAGGAGACAAUGGAGGAAACCCACAUGUACUUGAUCCUGACAACCCCCUCAUGAUGAAGUUCCAAAAGGCUUUAAAAGAGCUUUUGCAGAAACGGCUCAGUAAACUUGAUCAAGAAGUAUCUGAAUUGGAUAGCAAUUUGAAAGCCAAGGCAAAAGAGAGAGAAGAUCUGGGAGUAAAUCUCUUCAACCUCCAAGAAGAAGUUGCUCAUAGCCAGAGGCAGUUGGCAUCUUACAGAAAAUCACUUGCUGAGUUUGAGGAGACUCGUGCUAACUUAGAAAAGGAGUUAAAAACUCUUAACAACGUUCACAAGGCAGAAGCACAAAAAAUUUCAGACAUCCAAAAACAAGAGGACAAAAUGCGUCUUGAGAUAGAGAUUUUGAAAAGUGUUGAAUGGCAAUUAAAGCAAUGGGAGUCCGAAUACAACUCAGAACUGUCAGUAUCACAAAGAAUAGCAGACAAAACUGAACAGCAGAAAGAAGAAAUGGCAAAAGAAAAGCAAAAGCAGGACAUACUUCUGUUAAAACUGAGGCAAGCUGUGCUUGGUUUGGAAAGCAAGCGAGAGCAGUUAAAAGCCCAGAGAGAGGUCAAGUUGCAACAACAGGAAAGUCUUCGCAGGACAAUAGCUGAAGGCUCAGCAGAUCUAGAAGCACUACAAAAUGAGCAAGUUCGCUUGACUCGAAUAUGGAAUGGAGUAGUGGUUAAUUUACAACAAAGAGAUAGAGUUUACAAUAAUGUUCAAAAAGAUUUGAAAAAAGCUAAGGAAGCAUUUCAGCUAAUGAUCUCAGAAAUUGAGAGCUACAAAAGAAUAGCUAAGCUUGAAAUGAUUGAAAAUGAAAAAAUAAUGGGCGUUCUUGGUCGGCUUGAAACAGAAUACAAUGAUCUAGUGAAAAGUUACUACAAAAACAAGGAACGGAUUUCAGAAAUAGAAGAUGACUAUAGUUCUGUUUCUGAAAUGGUUAAGAAAACUGAGGAUAAUUUGCGCUCCACACAAAUGGAUGGCAAGGUUUUGUCUCAACAGAGCCUCUACCAACAAAGAGAAUUGGAGCAUCUAACACAAAAAAAAAUUUCAUUAGAAAUGCAAAUUCUAGAGAAGCUUCAAGACCAAAGCAAGCAUGACAAGGCUUUUCAACACUUGGCUCGUUCAAUCAAAAGUCUUAAAGACAACAACAAACAGCAGGAAAUGGCUUUUAUAAUGAUGGAGAAUCAAAUAGCUAAAACAAUGGUAGAAAUAGAGAAAACUAGAGGUGCUGCUGUAUACAAUGAAAACCUAUUGAGGGAGGCAAGUUUAGAGGCAGAGAAAUAUGCUAAUGAAUUAUUGCAGCUAGAAGCUACUGUUAAACGAAACACACACAUAAUGGAAAGCAAAAUGCAGUUAAUAGAUCAGCUCUCUAAAAAACUGGAUAGUAUUCUUGCUCGUUCUGGGUCGACAGAGGAAAGCCCUCAGCAGGUUCGAAUCAAAGCCAUAGAAACUGAAAUAGAAGAAAACACCCAAGAAGCUGAAAAGAAACAAGCAUUUUGGUUGCGGCUCCAGUCCCACAUAGUGAGACUUACUGAGGAGAGACAAACACAGCUGCAACAGCUCAAUUUACUAUACAAGCAGGUGCAUAUUUUAACUCAGAGGUCUCUGAAAAUUGAGUAUGAAACUGAAAAGCACAACAAAGGAAAGAAAGAUGUUGAACACCAACUACAUGAGCUGGAGAUUUCUCUUCAUAAAAUGACGGUUGGCCUGCACAACAAGAGAGGAUACAAGGAACUCCUCGACAAAGAAAAUCUUGUCAUCCAAACAGAAGCUUUAGGUCUUUUGAAGGAUCUGGAGCGAGAAAAUGUAGAACAAGAAGAGGACCUAACUAAUUUAGAGGAAAGUAACCUAUCACUUAAUCAAGAAAUUCUAGAUUUGAAGCGGGAAUGUUUGGCUUGGGAAAAGAAAAUUAUUCUGGCUUCUGAAACAAAACAAAUGAAUGAAGAAGAUAACAAAGCCAAUGGGGAACUCGGUCAGAUGAGGGUUGAAAUUCACAGAAUGGAUGUGAGAUUCUCGCACCUUAGAAAAGUACAGGAAACCCUUGUAAAAGAUUUGGAGCACUGCAUUAUGAGAAGAGAAUCCCUGAUAGAUGAAGCAGACGCCAGAGAAAAAAGAUCGGUUGGAAACCAUGGAGCUGUUAGCAACCGAAUAGUUUUUGAACGCAAAUUAGAAAAUCUUUCGAAUAGAAAGAAACAAGCUAAGAUGGAAGCCAAACAAAUUUCUAAUCAAUUGGAAAAUGAGCUCCCCAAAGAGUUAUCACAGCUAAAUGCGUCCCUUGAAGAGACUGAGAAAGCAUUGCAAAGAGAAGAGCAGGCAGUUGCAGAUGGAAAAAGAAAAGUUGAGGAAGCUCAUUUACUAAAACAACAGGUGGGAGCAGUUUUGAUCCAAAUUAAAUCUUUGAGGAACAAAGAGACACUUAAUAUAUUUUUACAGAAGCUGGAAAUGCUAAUUCGACUACAGAAGAAAGUUCGUUUGUACAACAAAGUGAAGGAGGGGAAACACAGAUUACUGUUCCGGUCUGAAUCAGCUAUAGAUGCUGAGAUGUAUAAGCAGCGCACAGUGUCCAGUGACCUCCUGGAAUUAACAGCAGUUUUGCAACAGCAUUUUCCUCCCCUGCAAAUGCAGAUUCUUCGUUUGAAUAACACACUGCAAUCAUCAAAUGGCCAGUAAAUCAAAAAUUCAUUAAAAUUUUUACUGGCAUGAUGGACAUUGGGACAUUUGGGAUAGGUGUAUGACAAGUAAAGGCACCU